AUGUCGGCAAGGAAAGCUAGUAAGAAAAAGAUCCAAUCAAGAUCAGGCGUGGAAGAACCAAACUACCGAAAGUGCGCAAAAUCAGGAUGCCCUGCUGAACGACCUGAAUGUUUUGCAGACGGUGUAGAAAGGUUGGUGUGAUAGCCAGAAUUAUUACAGUUUAAUUGUUACAAUAGUUAACAUGUUCUUAUUAAGCUGAGAGAUUAUCAAUAUUCAUUUACGAAUGAUUGUAUUAUAUGAAAAAUACAUCCCUGACCUUUCACCCCACCCUCCUACAGUCCCCAUCUACUUCCCAUUUCACUUUUCUCCUCUUUCAAUUUUAAAGCAACCCCUACCCAAACCUCCCUUCUUACCCCCAGCCCCCACCUUCUCACCAAUAUCUUUACCUCCCUCUCCUUAACCCCCCUUUCAGUGUUCUCCUCUCUUGUAAUCUCCCCACCACCUUGCAUUUUCACCCCACUCCCACACAGUUUCCAUCCCCCUCCCCUUUCUUGCCUCGCUAUUCAUACCUUUCUUUCCAGUCUAAACCCCACCUCCUCAUGAUCUCCACUCUUCCAUCUUACAUUUUUUACUCCACCCCUUGCAGUCUCCAAAUCCCCCCCCUUCCUGUCUCUCCCCUUGCAGUAUCCACCCAUCUUCCCUAGUUGUUACAGUACCCCCUUGCAUUUUACCCCACACCUUGCAGUCCUUAAACCCUUCCUUUCCCGUCUAACUCCUACCCCCUCAUUUUGCCCCACCCCUUGCAGUCUCCCAAUUCCCCCCUUUCUGUCUCUCCCCUUUCAGUCUCAACCCAUCUUCCCUAGUAGUUACCCCCUUGUAUUUUACCCCACACCUUGCAGUCUUAAACCCUUCCUUUCCCAUCUAACUCCUACCCCCUAAUUUUUGCCCCACCCUUUUUUCGUCUCUAAAAUUGUUUCAUAUCUCGUACAUUCUCUAUUAUGUUUAUUACACAGUUGUUGUGGGAAUGGUUACACCUCACGAUGGUACCACGUGUCAGACGGUGAACAUUUCUGCAACGAAUGCUUCGACCAUUAUUACAGAAGGUUUGUUACCAAAUUGCCCCAAAGACGUAGCUGUUCAGUAUAAAACAUAUGCAUUAUAUUUUCAUUCCUGGUAAUGUACGUUUUCUAUCUUGCUAUGUUUUAAAUGUUUCGGAUUGGUUUGUGUUUCAUUAACGAUCGGUUAUUCGAUUUGAUUUUCGUAUUGAUGUGUGUUUAAUUAAUAAUUGCAUGUUAAACGAUUAUUUAAAAUCACCAAAACACGAUAAAAUAGCCCAUAAAAUGCUGAAAAUGGCGCUCUACUGACUCUGGAUUAAUUAACGUUAUAAAUGCAAUAAAAUAUGCAGCAUGUAAGACGGGAACGCGACUGCGACGGAAAACAAACUCGUUGAACCAAAUGAUUGCAGAAGAAAACCUGUCGUCUAUUAUCCAUCAUAUGAAAAUAAUACAGUUUAAGGAUAAAAAUGAACACAGGGUUUUUGAUUGAGAAAAGUUCUAGGACAGGCCUUAAAAUAUCGGUCGGUCACGGACAUUAUCCGACCCAUUCGUGAAAUUGUCCGACGUAGAGAGGAAACCACCGGACAUUCUGUCCGACCAAAGUGAAACUGAGGUUUAUUGUUUGUCUGACCCAAGUGAAUUGGUGUCCGAUCGAACUGUAGCUUUGUCCGACGUAAAUAAAAAUGUACCCUAUCCCACGACUAGAGGCUUGUAUGUUAAACGGAAAAUCAGAGUACUAUUGUAUAAAAGGUGAACUGGAAAUGUUGUUUUAACGUAGUCGAGCGCGGGGCGGCGAGCGAAAUGGUGAAGUGGAAAACGGGCUUAAGUUGUCGAAGUCUUUUUUUAACACUGCUGUUCUGGCAAGCAAGCUAAUUUUGGCUUGGAAAUAAGUAUGAAAGAAACGAAUUAUUUAAUAUCUUUACAACAUUUACCGAUUAUUCAUUUGUGUCAUUCAGACUUAUUUCCGAGCCAAAACUGAACUGAAGGUCUUCGGACAUAUGUCCGACCCAAACUCAACGUCACCGGACAUUUUGUCAGACGGCCCUCUAAAAGAUAUUUUAAGGCCUGCAGUAGGAACCCAAUUUAAAAUAGCUGUUGUCCCAGCUUGAGAUGUGAGCGCUGUAUACAAGACGUGAUAUUCUGUAUUUUGCCGUUGUAAAACAGAGCUACGGCGACGUCUAAAACGUCCGUGAGAUUUCAAUUAUUAAUUUCUGCUCACUUUCUUGCAUUAAUAUGAUAUUAUUAGCUGUUCUCGUUUCACUUUCGUCCUGCUUGUUGAAGUUCUUAAUAACAGUACUUCAGUAGUUCUUAUACAAUUACUUUAUGAUUUCCGUGUUUGGAUCGAUGGCCUGAUCCAAACACGCGGGAAUGUUGCGAGAGUUAAGAAAAGCGCGCGAAAUCAUUCGCCGAAUUUCACUUUAAAUUUCCGUGUUUGGAUGGUCUGAUCCAAACACAGGUUUCGACCAAUCAGAGCACGCGUUAUAUACAUGUUAUUUUAUAAUUAAAAUUAUAAACGUGUAAAAUUUAAGGCGGCGGCGGUCUUCGCUCGAAACGUCGAUGUUUUGCUUGUAUUUUUCAGGUCGUUGAAUCCUUCUCAAUCUGCAAAUUUAGAAAUGCUUUUAAAAAGUUAGCCGGCGGUGAAGAGGGGGGCAAGGGUAUUUUCGUGACCCGUGAUUAGCAAUUAUUCGUGCUUCGUGAUUCGUGAUUCGAAGAAAUAACAUUCCGUGAAUCGUGAUUAAUAUGCGUGCCGUGAAUCGUGAAGAGCUAAAAGGGCUAGCUAGGGUCUUGAAUUUUCCAAUAUUUUACCCUAAAUUGUGAAUGUUUACGUUUAAAACUCGACCCAAAUUUAGUAUUAACGUUAAAAAAAUGAAAAAAUUUGCUUCCCGCGGUUGUCUUUCUUUAGGUUUCUUCGUUUCAUCGUAAACGUCGUUCUCGUGUACCUUCGUACCUCUUCGUAGACUUCAUGAACCAUCGUAAGACGCUCGUAAUGUUUCGUAAUGCCUUGCAAUGAUUGAUAGUCCUUUAAAAGCUCUAAUGUUAAAGUCAGUAAAAUGUGUUUGUGUUAACAUCGAUUUCUGCUGUCUAGAAAAUCGUUAAAUAGUUUCAGACUUUGUUUAUACGCUUCUGUGUUUCUAAAAAUCGUGAAAAUGAAAUUUUGUUUUUCGUGACUCGUGAAAUCUAAAAAUGAUCUUCGUGAUUUCGUGAAGAGACCCCCCCCUUGCCCCCCCCCCCCCUCGGUUAACGUCGGAGCACCCGCCUGAGAGCGCUUGCUUUGCAGGUAACCGUCGGAGCUCCUUAUUUUAAAAGCCUUGAGUGACAUGCCUGUAAUCUCUUUGACUAGCCACAAAGAUGGUUUCCAGGCUUACGAACAGUGGAAGAAGGACUGGAACAGCAACAGUCAACACGAAGGCAAUCUUAAGAUGUUUAUGGCUGAGCGUAUCUUGCCGUACUGGGUGAAAUGUUGCGACUGUGGUAAAUGGCGACAAUAUCCUCUGACCGAAGGCGAUCUGAGCACGGAUAUUGUGGAGUCCUGGACAUGCAGGAGUUAUAGAAAACUGAAGAAGGUGAGACGAAAGAACAUUAUUCGCAGAUGUUUGUGAUGUUACUCUGAGUAUGCAUCUACACCGGGCAAGCUGAAAAGUUUGCCUGACCACGGUGGGAAUCGAACCCGCGACCUUUGGGAUAAUAAGUUGCAAAAAGGUGUAGGUAUGUGGAUACCACCCGCGAGGAAGGACAGGGGCCGAUUUAGCCUCAUUUGCCAGGAGGGAUGAAGGUUAUCCAUGGGGUGGUUCUUGAGGGAGCCUUGCUACCCACUAUCCUCUGCAGUCUGCAACGCUACUAUCCUGACAUUACCAUUACUUAAGAUGGCCGAAUCUUCAUGUUCGCCGUUCUGUACGUUUUACAUUAUCUUUUGUUUAUAAAGUUUAUAUCGGCUUUUUAUCACCUGUUCGUGACUAAAUUUGCUUGUUCAAGUACAGUAUAUUUGAAAAUAUGGCUGUAUGUUUAACCAUGAUAUUUAACUAAAGCAUUUUGAAUAUUUUCUCACGAGCUCGCAAAUCAAAAGCUUUGACAAGAUUCAAAGCUUUGAAAAGCAUUCUAACUUCGUUGAAAUUUCCACUGUAGAAAAGCGAAGAUGAUAAAGUGGAAAACAAUCUGUGCAACGGCGAUGAAGACGAGGUGUGGUAACAUUUAGUUUUUUUCGGUUCUUUGCCGGUAGUGUCGAGUCAGGGCCUAUCCCUAAGAGCCCAAAGUGAGAUCUGCAUGUCUUUUGUUAACGUAUGUAAAAUUUAAUAUGUGUGCAUAUAUGAGAGACGGCCAGCCUGGCUAGGCUGAGGUCUCGCCUUGCGCUAGGUGAGAUCUAAGUCAAAUUGGAUAGAAUUUCCCAUAUGAAGGCUUUAUCUCGCCUGACCAUGAAGGACAUUCUCUGCCGGUUUUGACCUAUAAUAGGGAGCUUAAAAUACACCAAAUCUACGACGCGGACGUGACGAAAAACUGCCGCUAUUAUCACAGUUUCACUUCACGGGUAAAAACUAUGGAUUGUUGUUGGUAAACGAAGCCAGGGACACGAGAAAAACAAAGUAAAACUAGCUAGUCUCCCAUUAUUAGCGACUGUUUUUUGGUCGCAUCCGCGUCGCAGAUUUGGUGAAUCUUAAGCUCCCUAAUAUUGUAUUGAACGGCAUGGUUGGAAAAAUACAAACAUAAAAUAAACAUCAAUGAACUUAAACAGACACUAUUAACGACGUAAUACCAAGUACAGUUUAGUUGUACGGAUUUUGAUGCUGCAGUUAGGCUUAUAUCAGUCGUGUAUAUAUUCUCCAAUAUAUCGUAUCACAAUCGAAUGAAGCUAAUUUCAUCCAUUAUCUAGAGAGUGCAGCACUGUCACUCAGGCUAUUGGUAUGAAGGCCUUGGCUACACUCCUCUGUUGAAAUUCAGUCCCACAGCUUCAUUGGUCGCCUCGUAUUUUCUUGACGGCGUAGGACUAAGUCCAACUGAUAAUAACUGGGAAGAUACCAAUGUUAAAGAAAAGCUGGAACAAGGUAACCUGUCGAUCUGAUGAGAAAAAAAGAAUUCAACUACCAGUUUGCGUGCGGGCGUUGCAUAGAAACACCUGCUUUGCCCAAUCGUAUUCUUGCAACUCCCCUCUCGUUCAAUGUAUCAGUAAAGCUUGUAAAUUGGUUAGGUGAAAGCUUUGUUAAAUACGGGGGAUACAAAGAUAUACCAACAUGUGAAGAUGAACAGUAGCACUUUAGCUCGUCACAUAGCUAAGUGUCCACGGAAUUUUUCCCUGAUUGUAGCUUCUGCACUGAAGCUCGGUGGUCAGAGCGCUGUAGCGGAGCCGCAGGUACGAUUUCUGGCGUAAGGCAUAUUAUACCGCAGGCUUCCCAUUUACUGUUGGGAGUUUCGGAACACUAAUUUCGACUGUUUUGGCUGCCCCUACUUUUGAGUAGGGUUAGCCAGAACAGGGGCAGCCAGAACAGUCGUAUAUAACUGUCUCAGUCAGAACAGUUAUAUCAUAGGCAGCCCAAUGUUAUGGGUUGCCUGCCUGCCUGCGCGCGGGCGAGGCAUUGUAUAGUUGUAUUAUUUCCUAAGGUAGGCAAAUUCAAUCAAACUAACGAUACAUAUACUUUCAAACAAUCCAAAAUACUUCAAAUAUCUUUACAUCUACGCUAAACUAAUCACGGAAAUAAAAUCUACGAUACUUUUACUAUAUACUAACAAUAUUUUAACGUACAAAACAAAUUUGUAAUGAGAGAAAAAUACGAAAAAAUUUUGCAUUUUUUUUUUCAAUUCUUGAAUGAGACGAUGCUGGAUUUGCGCUCGACGUUGUUGAUGGCGUUUCAAAUGACGAAUUUCUAAUCUCAUUGGCUGUCAUUUUUACGGUUUUAAAACGUAGAAAAAGACAGCCAAUGAGAUUAGAAAUUCGUCAUUUGAAACGCCAUCAACAACGUCGAGCGCAAAUCCAGCAUCGUCUCAUUCAAGAAUUGAAAAAAAUGCAAAAACUUUUCGUAUUUUUCUCGCAUUACAAAUUUGUUUUGUACCUUAAAAUAUUGUUAGUAUAUAGUAAAAGUAUCGUAGAUUUUAUUUCCGUGAUUAGUUUAGCGUAGAUGUAAAGAUAUUUGAAGUAUUUUGGAUUGUUUGAAAGUAUAUGUAUCGUUAGUUUGAUUGAAUUUGCCUACCUUAGGAAAUAAUACAACUAUACAAUGCCUCGCCCGCGCGCAGGCAGGCAGGCAACCAUAACAUUGGGCUGCCUAUGGUUAUAUGACCGUUUUCGGUUCGAUUCUGUUAGUGUUCCGAAAAUCCCUCCGAACAGUAAAUGGAGCAGCCUGCUGCAUUGAAAUAAUGCGCAAUUGCUGGCGUUACCGCUGCAUGGUACGAUAAUCGAAACAUAGAAUGGAGCAAAGGUAACCAAACAUUCAAAUUAUAUAUUUUCAGCCGAAGUCAGACCGUUCUUUCAUCCUGAUUCCGACGAUGGCAUAGCAUUUUGUUUUCGACCUGACGUCAUGGAGGAAGAAGAAUUGAAACAGUUCCCGGAAUUUGGAAGGUAAGUUGAAUGUGACAAAUCUUGCUGCCGAUGUCAUUUGGUAUAUGUUUAAACGUUCAAUGCCUUUCACAUCUGAGAUCGUAGAUUCUCGCUGCGGACUCGUGACAUUUAUUUGAAAAAGAGUCAGUCAACGCUCUACCUAAAGUCGUUGGAUUUUCUUCGGGUUCUCCGGUUUCCUCCCACAGGGAAUGUUGACAAGCUGCGUUGUGAUUUUAGCCCUAACUGACCCUUCCACCGUAGCUGUGCUCCGUGAUCAGACACGAGUCAUAAGGUGGCUGCCAGAGUCGUCCUUAGAGAGCCUUCGACUCGAUCAGGUUGAGCUGCGUCCUUCGUAAUUCAGCUUAGCUCUCAGCUGCAAGUAAGGGUGUACAUUCCCAUUUCUCAUUUGUGUUUAGAAUCCAGAACAGAUUCUUGGCAUUAAGAAACUUAAUUUUGACACUUUGGAGUUUGAACUACAAGGUAUUGUAUUGAACAAAAAUCCUGUAUACUCCUGAGCGUAUACUCAUAUAUACACAGUUAUUUCAAUUAACGUUGUCCACGAGCAAAGCGGAAAAGUCGAAUACGAGCGCGAAAGGCUGCUGGGAAUCGCUUUGAAAAUAUAUAUAUACAUAUAUACCAUAUAUAUAUAUAUUUGGUAUAUAUAUACCACAUAUAUAUACCAAAAUCCAGUAUACUCAUCAUUAUUGUACAGUCCUUUACCUUUUCAGCAAAUCCUAACCCUUGACCAAUGUGUGAACCACUUAAUCCUUCGAGGCCUGGCACGGAUUUCCAUUAUUCCCCAACUGGAAAGAGUUCUAAGAUACCUCACAGUCAAAGGGUAUAUCAACUAUGGCAUCUUACAAAGUACUCCUUAUAUAUCGUUCCCAAUAUCUAACGCUUGUACGGUAAGUAGCGCAGGGUAUGAUGUUAGUAGAUCAUGUGGCGUCAACAUGAAAUAGCUUCGGUAUAUAGGAAUCUUUUAUUUGAAGUUAAGUCCUUUCUUCAAAAACACUAACUGAAGAAUUACUAGAACCAAAAUAACUUCCAUGUUUAUCAUGUUGUGCCGUCCACCCCUCCGCGUCCCCCGCCUAUAAGAGCCCCCCUUGUUAUCAAUCCAAUUCUACAUCACUGGCGCAGGGGUGGUAUAUAUAGUACAUGGUUAUUGUACAUCUGUUUAUAAUAAUAAUAAUAAUAAUAAUAAUAAUAAUAAUAAUAAUAAUAAUAAUAAUAAUAAUAAUAAUAAUAAUAAUAAUAAUAAUAAUAAUAAUAUGUUUUCUUUUAAUAAUAAUAAUAUUUUAUUGAGGGAGUUCAUUCAUCCCAAGAUGCUUUUCAAUGAAGCCGAAUCUAGCGUCGUCUGCAACUCUCGUAACUCCGUCCCCGUUUGAUCCGGGCUUAAAGCAAAUUUGCCUCAAGCUUGUGCCAGCUUAUGCCAAAUAUUGUGUUGAAUAUUUUUAGAGUUCACAUGUCAUAGUCAUUGGAGCCGGGGCUUCUGGACUGGGAACUGCAAAACAGCUUCAUAAUUUUGGAAUGAAGGUAUAAAUUAACUAUAAUAAUGAUGAAUUUUUUUUCUUUCUGUGUUGGUGUAAUGCACUCAGAUGAAUAUGAUGCUUGUGAUGUUACUCUGAGUGUAUAUCCACACCGGGCAAGCUUGAAAAAUAUGCCUGACCACGGUGGGAAUCGAUCCUACGACCUUUGGAAUACUAGCCCUAUGCUCUGCCAACUGAGCUACGCGGUCAGGUCGGCUCGAGUACGCGACACCUUGGAACUGAGUCUAGUUCCUUCGACAUCGAUGUAAUCUAGUAAUAAUUUUUUUCAUUAUGUAUUGGCGUAUUUGUUGUUGGCAGAGCAUUGGUCUCCAAAGGUCGUAGGUUUGAUUCCCACCGUAGUCGAAUUGGAUUCCGAUGGUCGUAGGUUCGAUUCCCACCGUGACCAGGCAUAUUUUCCAAGCUUACCCGGUGUGGAUAUACACUCAGAGUAACAUCACAAGCAUUAUAAUAAUGAUAUUGCAACAGUGAAAAUAGUAAUGUUGGUGCAUCGUCUGGCCAAUCCUUGUUCCCUAGGUAACAGUGUUAGAAGCCCGAGAUCGUAUUGGUGGUCGUGUCUGUGAUGAAACUAUCGAGAAGGUUACUGUGGGCAAAGGAGCACAGAUUAUGAAUGGUUGUAUGAACAAUCCCAUGGCAGUCAUUGUCAAACAGGUGGGGAAAUGCUGGUUCAUAAUAAUGUUAUUCACUUAAUGCGACCUAAAUCCGAUUUCCUGCAAUAUGUGUUCUCUGAAUAUAAUUUUACCUCGGUCGCUCAUGUGAAGUGCGUAUUUAUUUAGAUUCAGCCAUUUGAACACCGUAGGUUUUCUCUUCGUCCUCUGGUUUUCUUCUGCGGGUACACUGUCCAAUAUUAAACCAUUCAAAAUUGAACAAUACUUCAAUAUCAUUUCUGUUUUGUCCGAAGUGUGGUCUGACAAUGAAGUGUAUUGGUGACAAGUGUGACUUGUUGGAGGAAGAUGGUAAAGUCAUUGAUAUGGAAACGGAUGAGAGAGGAGAUUUUCAUUUUAAUGCUUUGUUGGAUGCCGUCGCUGACUGGAGAAAACAGUCUGAUACCGACUGCUCCUUGGGAGGUAUGCUUAACUGACCUUAUAUUGGAGAGCUCUGACUAUCAGUUCUAAACUGUUCUCCCUUACGAGUCAUUUCUUAUUGACCCAGUGUUACUACAGGAGGAAACCUAAACUAAACUAAUUGAAUUGAAUUGAUUUAAUAUAUAAUAUUUAUAUUGGAUAGCUCUAUCAGUUCUAAACUAUAGAUGUCCAGUAAGAGUCUUGUAUAUUAAGUGUUACUACAGGAGGGAACGAUUAAGUGCCACUACUGGAGGAAACCUAAACUAUACUGGAUAGCUCUAUGAUUUCUAAACUGUUCUCCCUAGAGGUCCAGUAAGGGACAUUUCUUAUCGAUCCAGUGUUACUAUGGGAGGAAGGCUAAACUAUAUACUAACUUUAUUCGUACUGAAUAGCUUUAUCUGUUCUAAACUGUUCUUCCUAGAGAUCCAGUAAGAGUGACCUCUUUUUGACCAAGUGAUACUGCAGGAGGAAAUCUAAACUAUAUCAACUUCAUUUAUACUUAAUAGCAAUAUCAGUUCGAAAUUGUUCCCUCCAGCAUCGGUUACAAAGAUGGAAGGCACAUAUUCUAACCGUUAUGUUACCAACUCCCUUAUUUCUGUUGAAUAGUUUUGUUCAUAUUUGUUUAGACAAACUUUUGGAAAUUCAUAAAAUGUUUCUGGAUCAAACUGCAACGGAUUUUGCAGAGGUACUAGACUGGCAACUAAGACAAUAAUGAAACAGAAAUAGAAUGUUACUCUGAGUGUGCAUCCACACCGGGCAAGCUGAAAAGUUUGCUUGACCACGGUGGGAAUCGAACCCGCGACCUUUGGGAUACUAGUCCAACUCGUAGCUCAGUUGGUAAAGCAUUGGUAGAGAAUCUAUUUUUCCAGUUGUCUGGUUGAAAAUAAAUUUUAUUUUCAAAUGUUUUGAAACAAUAUACACAAACCAAAACAGCGGACCAAGCUGUGACCUAAGGUUAGCGCCAGUAGCGUAGCCAGCCUGCUUACUCCUGCUAUGUAAAUUUCAAAGCAUUAUUCAUUUCUUUAGGAAUUCAUUGUUUUUACAGUCUAUGAACACAGAAAUAUUUGCAUAGCAGGAGCAAAUAGUCAGGCUGGCUACGCCACUGGUUAGCGCUGAUCCAGCUUUGAACAACCGGCCCCUGUUUACCCCCUCGUCCACCUUACCAGAUCACACUGGAUCCAUCCUGGAGUUUUAGCAGGAUUGCCUGAACCCAGACAUUUUCCACAAAAGUGAUAAAUAUGUUUUCCUUAUUUUAAUCCAAUUCCAGCCAUCGGAGCGUCUCUUAAAUUUCCACCUCGGAAACCUGGAGUACGCAUGCGCUACAACACUGGAACACGUGUCUGCCCUGUCGUGGGACCAGAACGAAUCAUUUCCUCAGUUUCAAGGCAAUCAUACUGUACUCACUCAUGGAUAUGCAACUAUCUUACAACGUCUCGCUGAAGGACUUGAUAUUCAUUUGGGUGCUGAGGUAUCAAAGCAUGAAAAUGACUUAACCAACAAAAAUCUCACAUCUUGUAGCAAGUCUGCCAACAAGCCAUCAACAAGUUGUGUUCGCACUGCUUGUCCCAAAUUGUCAACAAGUUUGGAACAACCUGUUAAUAACUUGUAACAACCUUGUUGAUACUAUCAGACUUGUUGCAAGGUUGCUUCAACAAGUCCGAUACACUAUCAUGAUAUAACAGUAUUGUUACAACCUUGUGUGAUCAACCUUGUAACAUUCUUGUUAUAUCAUGACUGUAUCAGACUUGUCAGAACAACCUUGCAACAAGUCUGAUAAUGCCAUCAACCUUGUUACAUGUUGUUAACAGCUUGUUCCAAACUUGUUACGACAACUGGGAACAAGCAGUGUGAACACAGGCUGUCAACAAAUUGUGACCAGAUUUGUAACAACUUGUUUUUGCAGACCUGCAACAACUUGUGCGUUUUUACGCGUGUACACAAGCUGUCGACAAGUUGUGUUCGCACUGCUUGUUCCCAGUUGUGAUAACAAGUUUGGAACAAGCUGUUAACAACUUGUAACAAGCUUGACGGCAUUUUCAGACUUGUUACAAGGUUGUUCUAACAAGUCCGAUACAGUCGUGAUAUAACAAGAAUGUUACAAGGUUGUUCUAACAAGUCUGAUACAGUGAUGAUAUAACAAGAAUGUUACAAGGUUGACGACACAAGGUUGUAACAAUAUUGUUACAUCAUGACUGUAUCAGACUUGUUGGAGUUACUACAACUGUUAACAAGUUGUUCCAUACUUGUUGACAACUUGGGACAAGCAGUGCGAACACAACUUGUUGACGGCUUGUUGACAGCCUUGCUACAAGAUGUGAGAUUUCUGCGUGUGAAAUACAGUAUCUCCAUUUUUAACAAUCUAUCUCUAAUUGGUUUGUUAUGUAUUUUCAGGUGACAUCAAUCGAUUACUCCACCAAGACCAUUUCAGUAUCCACAAGAGACGGAAGAAUGUUUAUUGGUGACAAGGUAUUUAAUAACGGUUUUGACGAGGAACAGGAUACAGUGUGUUGUAAGAUUUAUAUAAUUUUAUGCUUUCAUGUUUUCUAGGUUGUUGUGACUGUUCCACUUUCAUUGUUGAAAUCUGAGAUUAUUUCAUUUACUCCACCAUUGCCAACGAAGAAGACAGAUGCAAUCAAAAGACUUGGAGCUGGAUUGAUAGAGAAGGUGAGAAUUAUACUGAUGAAUCCUGGAGAAAGCCAAUGUAUGAUUCGAGCUAUAGACUAAAUUUUGAUCUAGGCAAGAAGAACAAAAUCCAUCACCACAGUUAGAAAGAGCAUGUUAAAAUUAGUAAAAUUGCAAAGUUUGCUUGCGAAAUGUUGUAAAAUGCGGAAAAUAGAGCCCUGCGAAAUUUGCAAAUUUUGUAUUAAUUUGUAUUACGCGCACGGGAAAAUACACCACUUUCGGCCCAUAUGUGGUGCAUUUUCCCGUGCGUAAUACAAAAUUUGCAAAUUUCGCAGGGCUAUAUUUUCCGCAUUUUACAACAUUUCGCAACCAAACUUUGCAAUUUUACUAAUUUUAACAUGGUUCUACUAGCUGUGGUGAUGGGUUUUGUUCUUCUUGCCUAAUCCUCAUUUUACAACAUUUCGCGGCCAAAAUUUGCCAUUUGACUAAUUUUAACAUGGUUCUACUAGCUGUGGUGAUGGAUUUUGUUCUUCUUGCCUAAAUCAAAAUUUAGUCUAUAUAGCUGGAAUUGCCUAUAUUGAGAGAUGUCGUUGUUUUAGGUGAUCCUGUCGUUUCCCGAGUGUUUCUGGGGCAAGUGCUCCGCAAAAACUGGUACGUUUGGACAUAUUCCUAACUCGAAAGAUACGAGAGGCUUUUGUGGAAUAUUUUAUGAUUUAUCACCCAAGGUAUGUUUAUACGAAUAUUCAACAAUUAUUCUUCAUACUCGAGUCGUAUAUGAGCUGCUGAUAACUUUUUCAAUCGCUACUUCGAACAUUCCUGUAAAGCUUGAAAUUUUUAUAGAAUUUAGAAUUUUUUAGACAAAACAAGUGCUUCAUGACAUUGCUUCAAUAAAGAAUAUAAAGAGUUUUUGCUUUUAGAUUUUUCAAAAAAAUUAUAUUCUGUCAAUGUCUUCAUCUUCGCUCUUUCGGCAUUAGUUUUUUCAAAAAUAUAUCCUUUAACUGGUUUAAAUAUAAAUUGCUAACCUGUAAAUAAUUUCCGGGAGCUUUUUUCAUUGUGCUUUUGUUCCUAUUAAGGCUAUAAAAAAUGAAUAACUUGCUGUUUUCUUGUUCGCAAAACUCCGGUAAUUCUUGAGCCGCCAUCUUGCUUUUUCUAAUAGCAGGGAAUCAGAUUACAAGAUCGUUAGUUUCGUUACUUUUGCCAAGAGCUUCAAUUUUAACAACGUUCUCUUUUUCUCGAAGAAUACCUCAGACAAACAGAAAAAAACCAGUCAUGUCUUGAUGACAGUUUUGGCCGGAAAUGCCGCCAUCGAAGCACAAAAAAUGGAAGACAAGGAGAUCGUUGAUCGAUGUUUGAAAUUAUUGAAAUCCAUGUUUCCCAACGAGGUAUGUAAGCACAGUAUAUUUCAGACGUAACGGUCCAGUGUAGGUAGCGCCUGGGCUGUGCCAGUGUAAGCCGUAGGUGGCGAUGAUAGCAAGACAGCACAGGUAAGUUAGCCUGACCAUGGUGGGAAUCGAACACGCGACCUUUGGGAUACUAUAGUCCAAUGCUCUGCCAACUGAGCUACGAGGUCAAGUCGGUUCGAGAUGUAUGUAUGUAUGUAUGUAUGUAUGUAUGUAUGUAUGUAUGUAAACGUUUAUUUAAAAGCAAGAAGGGAAAAAAAAACGACGCUAGCCUCAUCAGCUACAAGCUGGUUUCCAUGAGAGGCGUCGGAACACACUUGAAUAAAUAAAGUAACUUACAAGAAUAUUUACAAGAUAUUUACAAGAUUACGAGAAAAUAAGUAAGUUAUGUAUCAAGACUAUUAAUAUUCAUUUUAAAGGUAUAUUCAGAUUGAGCUAGUUUUGCUUGCAAAGGGAGGCUAUAAGUUUAUAUAGGUUAUAAGUUUCGCCCCGCUAAAUUUAAAGUCCCAUAAGGGAGAACAGUAAUCAAAAUAUGGCUGUAUAAGGGCGUUAUAAAUCAAUCUCAUAGUUUCAAUAGGGACAAACGGCUUGAUUCGUUUCAUAACUGUUAUUCCAGCGCCCAUAUUUUCUCAAUAUGUUUGUCCCAGAGUAAUCUUUUCGGAACUGAGUCUAGUUCCUCUGAUAUCAAUGUAUUCUAAGAUAUGAUACUUUUUGUGUGUGUUGGUGUUGUGUACUCAGGUGAAUAUGUUUGUUAGUGGUGUUACUCUGAGUGUGUAACACCACACCUCAGCUUGCCCAGUGUGGAUGCACACUCAGGGUAACACCACCAACAAUCAUAUUCACCUGAGUACAUAACACCAACACACACAAAAACAGUCAAAAGUAGCAUAGGUAAAUUUUAAGUUUUGAAGGAGUUGAAAUGUUUGAGGUGUUAAACACUGAGUAAUAUGUAAUAUGUAAUAUUUAUAUUUAAACAGGAAGCCUAAUCAGUGAUCUACACUGUUAUCAACUAGGGUCCUGUAUCUACAAUAAUUACAAAAUAAUUAAGACUAAGAUAAAUAAGAAUAUGUACUACAGGUUAAAAGCUAGUAAAGUUCAAUGUUCCAAUAAGAAACUCUAAUUAAACAUCUAAAAAGUUCUGUAACUGAGUCACUUACAAAUCCUUCAAAACUUAGAAUUUACCAAUAUGUAAAAUUUCUUCUGUGAUCACAGAAACUUUGAUAGCGCACAUCAGCCUUUAUUGUAGUUGAAAUCCUGAUCUAGAAUAAUACCAAGCAAUCUGUUGAAAACAGUGUAAUUAUACCUUGAUUACAUUUCGAGUUCAUCGCGUCCAACAAGUGUAGGGUGGACUCUGCUGAUGCUGCGAAAUUCGAGACCGGAAUUUAAUGUAAAAAAUUACCAACUCGCAAAAUCUCGUACGACAUUUUUAUUGUACUGUAACCAUCUUCAAUCUUGUAGACGGUUCCAGACCCUCUGAAGAGCAUCGUUACCCGUUGGGGAAAGGAACCAUUUUCCAAAAUGGCGUACUCGUACGUUGCAAAAGAUGGUAAUGGUGAAGACUACGUUACACUAAGUGAAGAUGUCGAGAAAAAAGUUUAUUUUGCCGGAGAGGUGAGGUUUUUUAUUGCACUCUUCUGUGGAAACACCACGUAAAUUUAUCACUGCAAAGCUUUCGAUCCGUAAGCCCAUAUUAUAAGCUCAUAUUAUUAGCACUGAUGAAGAUCCGGGCUUACGGAUCGAAAGCUUUGCAGUAAUACAUUUUCGUGGUGUUUCCACAAACUAAAUUAUUGUAUGUUUUAUCGCCAUGCAAACUUAUGCAAAGAACGAAUUACAAACUAGCUAUCCAGUAUAAAUACAGUUGGUUUUAUCUUUAGUUUAUCCCUUCUUCUUUCACAGGCAACGAACAGACAGUUUCCUCAAACCGUGACGGGAGCUUACCUGAGCGGAGUACGAGAGGCUUGCAAGAUUCACACGGACUUGGAAGAGGAGACCCAAAGUUAA